GUCACAUUGGCGCCGCGCGGAGCGUCGCUUGAAUGGAAUUUCAGUUGGAGUCGGACAGUUAAACCGAUCGCGAGUUGUGCGUUGCCGUCCGCGCGCGAGUCCGUCCCAGCUUCUCGUUCUCGUUCAGAAGCGAUUUCUUCACGUACGCGAAUCGCAAGACCGACACGUCGAAAUGGGGUGCGGAAUGGGAGUGAUCAAGUACCUGCUCUUCAUAUUCAAUUUCAUCUUUGUGCUAUGUGGUCUGGCCAUCCUGGUUCUCGGCGUUCUAGCGCAAGUAGGAAAUUCCGAUUAUUCCGAUCACCUGGGAGACAUUAGUAGUAAUGUUACGGUCCCGGCAGUCACGUUUAUCGUCAUCGGCUGCAUCAUCUUUGUCAUCGCUUUCCUAGGAUGCUGCGGCGCGAUUCGCGAGAGUCACUGUAUGAUAGUCACGUUUGCUUGUUUGCUCUUGGUGAUUCUGAUCGUACAAGUGGCUAUCGCAAUCUUCGCGUUCGUCGUAGCGAAGAAUUCCGGCGAUUACAGUUGGAAGGAUAGAUACGCAAACGAUGUCUUCAGUAAGUACGGAAAGGGGGAGGAGACGGAAAUCGUGGAUACCAUACAGAGUUGGUUGCAGUGCUGUGGUGUUGAAGGCCCCCAAGAUUUUCCCAAGAUACACCAUAGCGCUAUCCCAGGAAGUUGCUGCGGUAAGAAGGAGUCCACCUGCGAUCCACUAAGCGCUUACCAGAAAGGUUGCGCAGGUGCGUUGGAAGAUAUAUUCAAGUAUUCUCUUACGAUACUGGGUGGCGUCGCUCUGGGUAUCGCUGCUGCGGAGUUAAUUGGCAUCAUUUUCGCGCUAUGUCUGGCGAAUUCCAUAAAGAACGCCCAACGCAGAGGUUACAGUGUGUAAAAGUGGAGCAUUGCGAAGGACGCCGCUUAGCGCGGAAUGCUUUCAACACGCAACAACAAUCUUACCUUCAUCUCCCGUCAAUAUAUUCGUCUAUAAGAUGUGAUAAAAAAAACUUGCGUUUUACAACGGAACAAAUUAAAUUUCUUUUUUCUUUUUUCUAAGCGGAAUGGAGCAGAGUACUCCUUAUGUUUUCUUUUCCGGCUUCUUUGCAUCAUUCAUUUCUUUGCAGUCGUGAUUAAAGUAUAACAAGAUAAUAUUUUUUCGAUGAAAUGACGCACUUUUGUUUUCCGAUUAUAAGAAUUUAAUGCAGAAUUCGGCAUCAUCGACCUGACAAUGAGUAUUACCGUAACAGUUGUCGGGUCUGAGACCACACUUUCUUUUUCCUUUGUGAAAAAUAACUCCUUUUUUAUACGAUCGUACAUGUAUAUAUAUUUUGAUACCGUACCGCUUUGACUCACGUUUAUAUCUUUAUUCUACAUAAAAGUUCAAAAAUAUAAAAAAAUUUUUGACAUAACUGUUUAAUGUGCAGGAUCGUUUCAUGCAAUCGUUAGUUCGCGAGUAAAGAUAAUUAUAAUUGGAGUACCUUCGCGGAGAUGGAAAGCAGACGAGUGAUAGUAUUUUACAAAGUUAAUGUUACAAAGAUAUUUUUUCACAUGAAGAGCUACACAAUCAUACCUUGCGGGUGUACGAAAAUGUCACACCGCUGUUAAAAACACGAAAUUCUCAUAUAUAUCUUUGUGUAAAAAUUCACUUUGUUUGUACAGCACACAGUACACACACAGAGAUAUUGUGUGACUUACAAAUAUAUAUAUAUAUAUGAUAUAUUUUUGUCUUAUAAUAGAAAACUUUAUCUAAGAGAUCUCGUCGCCGUGCCCGCGCGCAACGAACGAACUAACGCGCAUUUGUGCAAUAUUUCUGCUUAGGCACGACAAUGAUAAAGCAUACAAAAGGCUGGACACGGCUCGAGAAAGUAUGUAAGUGGUUAAUAAUCCAAAGUUGCGAUUUUACUCGUCGUUUAAUGCGCGAAAUUACCAUUGCUGCUGCUGCUGCUGCCAUUGCUGCGAGAUUAAAUUAUGUAUGUCCGGUUUUUUGUAUUCAUAAAAUAAAUGUAGACAAACGAGAACCUUUUCGACCCAA